AUGGAUCCCACAAGAAUAUUGCAGGAGGCUCAACGCACCUUUACCAAUGAUGUUGAGAUCGACGGGUUAGAGACACAAACUGUUGUUUCUACUCUAAAUCAAGAAACGAUUGCUCAAUCUUCUAGCGAAAAUCUGUCAAAACUGUCCCAAGUGAUUAAAGACCAAAUUAAGGUGGGAAAAAAAGGUUGGGAUGCUGCUACUUUACAAGAGUCUUUCACACAGCAUGCUUUGAAACGAAAAGGAACUAAAUCAGUCUUGGUUGGUUUGUUGCCCUUAUCAUUUGAAAUUCCCGAAGAAUUUCUUAUACCGGAUAUGGAUGAGAUUAAUAUGGUUGACAUGUCUAUAACAGGUGAUAUUGCCGACGUUGGAUGCACAUGCAACGCCACAUCAUAA